AUGGCUCAUAAGUUGAGGGCAAGUCUGAGAGGUGGGUAUGAGUUUGUAAAGCCCAAAGUAGUUGACUAUAAAAAUUUAAGGAGAGAUAUCAACAGGGUUAUUGGUUAUAAAGAUGCCCACAUGAUAGUAAACACAAUGAAUGACCGUCGAGCUCACUAUCCAAAUUACUCAUUUGAGUUUAAUUGUCAAGAUGAUGUUUUGGACUGUAUGUUUUGGGAUGAUGAAAUGGGGAAGGCAUAUUAUGCUGAAUUUGGUGAUGUUAUCUCGUUUGAUGCGACUUUCCGAACAAACAAGUAUCGAAUGGUUUUUGUUCCGUUUACUGCUAUUGACCAUCAUAAAAAAUCGGGGAAAGAACCAACACUUGUUUUAACUGAUCAAGAUGCUGCAAUAAAACAAGUUGUUGAGAAUAUAUCAGAUGAUUUAUUUACAAACACAGACUUUAGAAAAAGGUUUUCGAAGCUUGUUUGGGACAUUAAUAUGAAACCUGAUGUUUUUGAGGCGAAGUGGGGUUUGCUUAUGAAGGAAUUCAAUCUUGAAGACACAAGAUGGUUUAAAGACAUGUUUACAAUACGUGAUUCAUGGAUACCUGGAUAUUUUAGUGAUAUUCCAAUGUGUGGUUUGAUGAAGACUACAUCAAGGUCAGAGAGUAUGAUUUCAUUCUUUAAUACAUAUUCAAAAAGUGGGAACUUACUUUUGAAUUUCAUGAUGAAUUACGACACUGCCAUUCAAAAGCAAAGGAAUACUCAACGAGAGCUUGAUAGGGCAUCAAAGAAAGCAUCAUAUAAAAUGCAAACACCUCGAGAAAUAGAACUGCAAGCAUCAAAGGUUUAUACAAUUGAAAUAAAAGCUGAAGAGAAAGAAAUAAAUUGCAGUUGUGAACAUUUUAAGUGUAUGGGUGUUUUAUGCAGACAUGCUUUUACAAUAACGAUGAGAUGUGGUGUUAAAGAAAUUCCUGAAAGGUACAUUUUGAAGAGAUGGAGAAAGGAUGUGAUAUCAAGAAAUUAUCGUUUUAGUUCUGUUCAAUCCGAUUCAGGUGAUUGUGAGAAUGAAUUUGAGAGUGAUUAUAUUUCUCCUGGAUUGAAAAGCAAGACAGAUGGUGAAGUCGUAUGCAAGCUUUUGGGUGUUACUAUUCCUAUUCCAGAAGAGAUUAAUAUUCAUGUUCCUGAAGUUCAAAGCAAUAAAGGUUCUGGAAUCAAGAAAAGAAUUCCAAGUGCAGGUGAAGUAGCAUAUGAAAAUUCUAAAAAAGAACAUAGAAUGUGUUCAGGAUGUGGAAAGCGAGUUCCACACAAUUUACGUACAUGUCCAGAAAGAGUUAGAGCUGCUAAAUAA